GGGAGGUUCGUUUGACCAAUAAGAGUGAGGGGUUUAGCAGCGCGCUCGCGCAGACCGGGGCGUGAUUUCCUACUUAAACCGCUAGUCAUAGGAUUACACGCGCACACAGACACACAGCUUCAUAGGUGUACUAACGGCGCGAGGACAGCUUCAGAACAUCCAAAAUGAGUGACCACCCAAUCAAGCAGGAGGUGCAGAACUUCGACAAGAGGUGUCUAAAAAAGACCAACACUGCAGAGAAAAACACUCUUCCAACAAAGGAGGACAUUGAACAAGAAAAGAAGGCUACCGAGGCUGGAAAAUGAAGCCUGCCUGCCAUGAUUCUUCUUGUAUCUUUAUCUAACAUCCCCACCCUUUUCCCGUCUCCAUUUUAGUACAUUUUCCUCAAUCACCCAUUCCUGCACUCCAAAAUCAUGUUAAAAUCAUAUCACAGUCUCUUCAUAGUGCCAUAGGCAGAGAGAUAUACAGCUGAAGAGGCAGAUAAGUGGUAAAAAUCCUGUAUAAUUGCACCUAUGCAUAUUUUUAAAUGUUUCUUCUAUUUUGCAUUCUGAGAGUGGAAAAGGUGGCAUUGGAGCAGCUGUGCAAUCAAACACAAGCUUAUAAUGUCUUAUCAUCAGUCAGUAACUCUGUCAUCUAUGCCAUGCCUCUGUAUCUGCUAACAUUCUUUAUGAAUUAUCCAGUAAAGGACAUGUAAAAAUAUUUUUGUUUAAAAUAAAUGAUGUUUAAAACAUA